AUGGCAGAUGUGGAAAAACAUAUUCAUAGAGCUUUAGAAACUCUACCUGCUGGAAAGGAUACAAGAGUUGGUGGUAGUUUUGAUAUGAAUAAUGCAAAAAUUGUAAAUUCCAAUGGACAAGCAACUGAUGCAGUAACAAAACCUCAAAAUGGAAACCCUCCUCAUCCUUGUUGUUUGGUAGGAGUUAAUUAUAGACCAAGUUCAAUUCAGGGGUUAACCUAUAAUGGUAAUACAGUAACAUUUAAUGCUGAUAUGAAGCCUGCUAUUGUAUAUACAAAAUAUAUUGAAGGAAAGGAGGUUUAUGCUCCAACAGUACAUCCAUCUGAUAAAUACAAGGGAUUUACAAGAGAGUAUACACCAUCAAACCAAAAUGUUAGAGUAUCUGUUAGCAAUGCAAUCGAUGAUUGUGAAAAGGCUCUUCAAAUCGGUAAUCUUUACAAUUACACAGUCAUUAUGAAUGAAGAAAAGGGUUCAUGGAAUGCAUCAUUGCAACCUGGAAAAUGGGUGAUUUAUCAAACACACAUUUACUAUGCUUGGAGAAUAACAGUUUCAAAUGAAACACCUCUUCAAUAUAUCAAAGAUGUUUUAAAUGCAAAUAAUUAUCCAUUUCGUGUAAAUGCCCAUGACCCUCAAUACGUCUAUGGUAUCUCUGUUGUCAAUAGAAAUGAUAAUUUCGUACUAGCUUUUGAUACUAGAGCCAAGGAACCCGUCACUUACAACCAAGUUACAGAUUAUAUGUUUGGUGCUGGAUAUAGUCGUUGGUCUGGUUCCUUUUAA